CAAAACAUCUAAACUAAUAAUGUUUUUAAUUUAACUUUAAAACUAUUGUCUGAUUAAACUAUUAUCCGAUGAAAUGUUGUUUAAAUUAUGUCCGAAAUAUCUUCGGAUAUCAUUCAAUAUUCGGACAGUCAUUCAUCAAUCAUUAAAUCACUUUUCAGACCAAAAAAAUGAUCCAAAGAUGGAUCCAAUUAGCAAAAUAACGGCCAAAGAGAAGACUAUAGAUCUCAAGUGUUAUACACCAGAUGUGGUCCGCAACUUCUGUAUCAUCGCUCACAUCGAUCACGGGAAGACCACUUUAUCCGACCGAUUGCUUGAAGUGACCAAAACUAUACCGAAAGAGUUAAAUGCAAAACAAUAUUUGGAUAAAUUGGAUGUCGAGAGGGAAAGGGGUAUCACUGUUAAGGCACAGACCUGUUCAAUGGUGUGGCACUACAACAACACUUCAUAUUUGUUGAAUUUGAUUGACACUCCGGGUCACGUGGACUUCAGUUAUGAAGUUUGGCGAUCAGUGGCCGCCUGUGAAGGAGCUGUCAUUUUGGUGGACGCCAACAGUGGAGUACAGGCACAGACAAUCUCACACUUCAAUUACGCCCUCCUAUCAGAACUGACUUUAAUACCUGUUCUCAAUAAAGUUGAUCUGAAGAAUGCUGAUCCAGAUUCAGUGACACAACAGAUGAACAAACUGUUUGAUAUUAAUAGUAGUGAUAUAUUGAAAGUAUCUGCAAAACUGGGAACAGGUGUCGAGCAACUACUCAAUGAAGUAAUUUCAAGAAUUCCGGCGCCAAAGGCCAACACAAAUGGUCCGCUAAGAGCUCUUAUCUUUGAUUUAUGGCAUCAAAAGUUUAGAGGAAUUAUUUUACUUAUUAGAGUCAUAGACGGGUGUCUUAGAGUUGGAGAUAAUAUCACAAUAUCUUCAAAUCAAAAAGUAUAUGCCAUAAGAAAAAUUGGUAUUUUACACCCAAAUGAAGUGUCUACUGAUUGUCUCUAUAGUGGACAGGUAGGUGUUAUUGAGGCCAAUAUUCAGGAUCACACAGAUGUCAAUGUCGGAGAUAUUAUACAGCAAAGUAGUGCCGAUAAUAUUACAAACAAUAACUCUGUAUGUGUGACACAAAUUCAAAAGGCAAUACCUAUGGUGUUUGCCAGUGUCUACCCAUGCGAACGGUCAGCUUAUAAUGAUAUGGCCCGAGCUAUUGAUAAGUUAAUACUUAAUGAUAAUGGGGUCGAUAUACAGAAAGAGUCGCACCCGGCGUUAGGCAAUGGGUUUCGAUUAGGUUUUCUCGGUUUACUUCAUAUGGAAGUCUUUUGUCAACGACUUGAUGAUGAAUUUGAUGCACAGGUAGUAAUCACAGCUCCCAGUGUUCCUUAUAAAGUUAAAAUAAGGGGAGAAAAAAACAUUAAGAUUUUUGGUGCCGAAGAACUCGUUAUAACUAAUGCAUCCAAAUUACCAGAUGUUAACAUAAUUAGCGAAUAUUAUGAACCGAUGACUACCGGGACUAUCAUAACACCCGACCAAUACUUAAAUGUUGUUAAUAAUCUAUGUCUCGAUAGACGUGGCGUACAAUUAAACUCCUAUUAUAUCGAUAACAGUCGGCUUUUAAUUCAAUAUCGAUUUCCUUUGAGUGAAAUUAUUGUUGACUUUUACGACGUUUUAAAGUCAGUCACAUCGGGUUACGCCUCAUUUGAUUACGAGGACAGUGGCUAUGAAAGUACUAAAUUAGUUAAACUCGAUAUAUUGCUUAAUGAUAAACGAGUCGAUGAACUGUCAACUUUGGUUAACACCAUUAAAGCCCGAUCUGUUGGUAGAAGUAUGUGUACCAAACUUAAGGAUCAUUUGCAGAAACAACAAUUUAAAAUUAAGAUUCAAGCGGUCAUCGGAAAUAAGAUCAUCGCUCGAGAGGACGUCAAAGCCUUCAGAAAGGAUGUUACACAACAUCUUUACGGAGGCGAUGAUACCCGAAGACAGAAGUUAUUGAAACGACAGGCAGAGGGAAAGGCACGACUCAAAAGAGUUGGUAAUAUUGAGAUCAGUACCGAUACUUUUAUCAAUGUUUUUAAAAGAUAGUAUACUUUUAAAUCAAGUCGUUUAUAUUGUAAUAUUUUUUUAGAAAUAAAAAUA